AUGCCACUCAUCAUAAUCACAGGCCUCCCCUGCUCGGGCAAAACGUACCGCGCCCAGCAAAUCGCUUCCUCGCUGGCCGGCUUCAUCCACUCCUCCGCUAAUGAACCAUCAAUAUUAAAAAGGACCAUCCAGAUCGUUCCUUCGUACCAUGCGUCUGCCGAUGAUGUCAACAGCUCAAGUUCUAUAGAAAACACUACGCUUCGAGACCAGGUCUACAACGACGCGUCUCACGAAAAGACCGCAAGGGCAGAAGAAUUCUCCUCGAUCAAGCGCGCUCUGUCGAAAGACAACAUCGUGAUAGCUGAUGGAUUAAAUUACAUCAAGGGCUACAGAUACCAGUUGUGGUGUGAGGCGAAGGCCGCGGGAACGAGAUGUUGCGUCGUCCAUGUGGCUGCGCAGGAGGAUGAGUGUAAGAGGUGGAAUCGAGAGAGACUGAGAGCCUUCGAUGAGGAGGUAGGUGGUAGCAGUGGCGAUGGCGGCGAUGGAAAAGGAGAUUGGAACGCGACGGACAAACCAACGCGGCACAAGCAAGGGGAGAGUAUACUGGGCGACCUGAUCCCGGAAAGCCAUACUGCUAUCUACGGCGAUCGGGUCGUGGAGAAUGUGAAUAGCAGGUUACGGUCUUCGUCGAUGGACGGGUUGGACAAUGAGGAUAGCGAAGAUGCUGUGGCUCAGACUCUACUAGACGACGAAAUGGCUUUUAAGUCCCUGUACAUCAACCGGGCACAUGCAGACCCUCCAUCAUCAACGGAAUCAAAGCCACCAGAAGCCUUUCCACAUCAACCGACGGUUCACUCGCCCUCGAUCCCAAUACCACCACCAACAUCCUCUCCUCCAUACUCGUCCUCGACUCUCAUCUCCCUAAUAAUGCGCUACGAACCCCCUUCCCCCUUCUCUCGCUGGGACACUCCUCUCUUUACUGUUCCCUCGUCCGACGCAACCCCUCCGAUACAGGAGAUCUGGAAUGCAAUCUAUCCCCCGCCCUCCAAACCGACCAGCAAGAAAGCGCUGAGCCAACUACCUCCAUCCCAAAGAUCUAACGCCAAUGGCAAUGGCAAUGGGACGAGUGAACCUGUCUCACCCGCAUCAGUCACGACGCGCGAGAAGCCGGCUGUAGUGAAACCCCACGCAGCGACUGUUCUCCCUCGCGCCACGGCCUCGGACGCCCUUCAGACCCUCGAAUCCGCAACCAUGGACGUGGUGAGACAUCUACUGGCGCAAUCUCGCGAACAGAAUCUGUCCCAAGGAGGAGAGGGUGGCAACGUGCUCCUCUCCAUCCCCCUUCCACAACCGACCAACUCCUCCACCAACCCAGCCGAGCCGCCAACGACAGUGAAAAUGACCAUCCACAUCCCACCCGGCCUUCAACUCUCACAGCCCAUGCUGCAGCGUCUCCGGAGAAAUUACACGCAAAUCCAACGGGGAGGGAUCGCUCACGGGCAAGGAUACAUCAGCGGACGGAGGGAAAUCAUCGAAGGCUUCGUUGGCUUCUUGGAGGCCGAAUGGACUGCAGAAUGA